AUGGUUCGUACCAAGCAGACCUCUAGCAAAUCGACCAGAGGGAACGCGCCACGAAAACAACUAGCCGCGAAGGCCACUCGAAACGGCACCGGUCACCGGUGGUGUGAAAAAGCCCCAUCGCUAUCGUCCUGGAACCUCCUGCAGGAGAUUCAUCGCUAUCAGAAACCGAUGGAGCUGCUAAUCCGCAAAUUACCAUUCCAACGUCUUUCGUCGGGUGUAAUCGCUUUUCAGGAAGCCUCUGAGGCUUAUCUCGUCGGAGUCUUCGAAAACACAAACCUGUGUGCGAUUCGUGCAAAAGAUAUCACAACCAUGCCCAAGGAUAUAUAUCUGGCCCAACUUAUUCGAGGAAAAUGA